AGACAGCUGGAACUCCUCACACACACACACACACUCACACACACACCCACACCCACUCCCUCCUGCAGCCCCACCGCCCCCGCCAUGGCCGCGUCCACCCUGUCCGUCUGCUCCAGCGACCUGAGCUAUGGCAGCCGCGUCUGCCUGCCCGGGGCCUCGGACUCCUGCCCCGACUCCUCCUGGCAGGUGGACGACUGCCCAGAGAGCUGCUGCGAGCCCCCGUGCUGCGCCCCGGCCCCCCGCCUGACCCUCCUGUGCGGCCCCUCCUCCCCCUGCCAGGGAGACUGCUGCACCCCUGCGUGCUGCAAGCCCGUGUGCUGCACCCCUGCGUGCUGCAAGCCCCUCUGCUGCACCCCUGCGUGCUGCAAGCCCCUCUGCUACACCCCUGUGUGCUGCAAGCCCGUCUGCUGCACCCCUGUCUGCUGCCAGGACUCCCCCUGCACAACCUCUUCAUGCUGCCAGCCCGCCUGCUGCACCUCCUCCCCCUGCCAGGAAGACUGCGGCACCCCUGUGUGCUGCAAGCCCGUCUGCUGCACCCCUGUGUGCUGCGAGGACUCCCCCUGCUCAGCCCCCUCCUGCUGCCAGCCCAGCCCCUGCUGCAGACCCUCCUCCUGCGUGUCCCUGCUCUGCCGUCCCGUGUGCAGACCCGCCUUCUGCACCCCUGUCUGCUGCCAGGACUCCCCCUGCACAACCUCUUCAUGCUGCCAGCCGUCCUGCUGCACCUCCUCCCCCUGCCAGGGAGACUGCUGCACCCCUGUGUGCUGCAAGCCCGUGUGCUGCACCCCUGUGUGCUGCGAGGACUCCCCCUGUUCAGCCCCCUCCUGCUGCCAGCCCAGCCCCUGCUGCAGACCCUCCUCCAGUGUGUCCCUGCUCUGCCGCCCCGUGUGCAGGCCCGCCUGCUGCACCCCUGCCUCCUCCUGCUGCCGCCCGGCCUCCUGCGUGUCCCUGCUCUGCCGCCCCGUGUGCAGGCCCACCUGCUGCACCCCUGUCUGCUGCAAGCCCGUCUGCUGCACCCCUGUCUGCUGCAAGCCCAUCUGCUGCACCCCUAUGUGCUGCGAGGACUCCCCCUGCUCAGCCCCCUCCUGCUGCCAGCCCAGCCCCUGCUGCAGACCCUCCUCCAGUGUAUCCCUGCUCUGCCGCCCCGCGUGCCCCCGCCCUGCCUGCUGCGGCCCCGCCUCGGGCCAGUCCUGCUGCUGAUGGGCACGUGCCCCCAAGGGCCAGCCGGGCUCAGGUCCCACCUGGUGACUCUGGUCCUCCUGGCCACCCAUCAGGCCUGACCUUGACCUCCUGCCUCCCAGGAAUGCUGACCCCGCAGCUUCCUGGGGCUUCUGCUCCCAGGAGGCACCUGCACCUGUUCUGGGUCACCGGUCCUUCUUGCCCCCUUUCUCUGCUUGGGUCACUUGGCUUUGACUCCUAACCUGUCAGCACCUCUUCAGGAAGCCCAAUAAACUCACUUCACCGGC